AACGAGAUUACAGCAACAGGCAGCUAGCAGAGCUAAACGGAGGAGCGCGGAGGAAAGACACAGCGGCGGUUUUUAUCUGUUUAUCGUUUUAUUUGUUUAUUUAUUUAUUUAAAGAAAAGAGUUUAUAGGACUCGCCUACAGAAAAUUGAGAGAAAAUGAACGGGACGCGGAGUUUGUGCACGUUUGACGACAUCAGGUCGGAGGACAGAGCGGAAAGUUGCCGCAGACUUAGACUGACCCUGCACGAGCAAAACCAGCAGCAGCCCACCGUCGGAAAGCCAAUCGGCAGAGCCUUCGCCUUAGUGCAGCCAGCCAAUGAGAAGCAGCAUCUGAGGAUAGAGCCGGUCAAACCAUCGGAGGAGAAGGUUGAGGUCAUAAAGGUGUAUCUGGAGGCCCGGAAGCAGGAGCAGGCCAGAAACCAGCAAAGCUUGAAGAUGCUUUCAGAAGAAGUUUCCCAGAUCCAAGAGGUGCGAUACUGUUUGAAGAGCCUGAGGGAGCAGAUGGCAGCUAAAAACAACCACCGGACAGAUCACAAAUUGCAGUUAGUGCGUAAUGGCCUCAGCAGAGUAAACGGUGCUCCACCGUCAACAGCGCAGGACAGUGAGUACAAACAGGAGCUGAUGGAUGAGCAGGAGCGAGCGAAGAUGAGGGAGGUCAGCAAGCGGCUCUAUGCUCAGCUGCAGGAGGCAGAGAAGAGACACCAGGAAGAGAAAGAAAAACUGCAGACAGAGGCUGGUCAGUAUAAACAGCAACUGUCCAAGCAGAGUGACCAACUGAUAGAGGCUCAGCAGAACGCACGACAGCAAGACGAGCGAAUUGAACAGCUCCAGCGGCUGCUAGGAGGGAUGGAGCAGGAGAACUCCACCCUGAGGGAGGAGCUAAUGACCCGGGAGGCGGAGCUAUUGCAACUGCGGGAGCUGAGGGAGGAGGGUCAAGCCGAGAGGGAUAGGUUAGAGCAGCUGGAGAAGGACAAUGCUAUCCUGAAAGAAAAGAUUCAUCACCUUGAUGAUAUGCUCAAGAGCCAACAGAGGAAACUCAGACAGAUGAUCGAGCAGCUGCAGAACUCUCGUAUGGUGAUUCAAGAGCGAGACCGCAUCAUCAAAGAACUAGAGGAGAAAGUGGCCUUCCUGGAGGCUGAGAACAGAGAGAUGCGUGAUCAGAUGGACUACUUCGCCGGAGGUCAGAGGUCAUACCUGUCCGAUCACAACGCUCAAAUUGUCUACAGCAAGCCACUGAAACCAUCCACUCAGAGCAACAAGAGCCUGCCAUUCAUUAAAGUCAUCGAGAUCAAAUCAUGAAGAGCACCAGGAGAAUAGAAUAACCUUCUGUUUCCAGCACAAGGUCCACACCUUUCUACAGACUCGAUUAACAGUCCACAUCGCCCUCCACUGCCUCACUACUGUUCCGCAACAAACUGGAGCAGCGUGAUGGCUUCGGUAUCGAACUGACUGACUGUAAACACGACUGCAGCUCAUCACCAUGCGAAGCUUUUUAAUUCACGUGUAUAGGAUUUCGGUUAUGGUUUGAUGUGCUUAGAUGUAGUGUAGGUGUAGGUUUUCACGUACUGUAGCACACGACAUGCUAGCAUGCAUAACAUUGACCCAACCUCGGCUGAAGUACGAGUUCAAGUGAGGUUUAGGAUGGGGGGAUACCUACUUAAAAUGAAGUGAAGAAAUGAAGAAUGGGGUGGAGCAGAACUGAAGGACAGCACGAGGGGGUGGAUGAUUUGGUGUUUCUUUGAGGCUGGCCCUCUGAACACAGUCCCUCUGUGAAUCGGUGGCUGGAUGAGAAGGACAGAUUGUGGCACUUAAUCUCUCGCUCGCUCUCAAUCUGGUUUAGCACUCCCUCAUGUCGAUGACGUUAAUUAAUCAACGAAUCUUUUACUCUGAACUAGAGAUUACAGUUAAGGAGCAAAUCUGUGUGGGCUUUAACAGUUAUCUCUUGUCUUAAUGAAGGAAUACUAAUGUAUCUGUAUGGCCAUAAUCUGUACAAAGCCCAGCGCAUGGAGCUAAAGGAUUAUGGCCCAGCUUCUAAGAUAAAAGUGCGUAGAAAAGGCUCUUAAAAUAUCUGCGCAUUCAUGGUCGUAUAACUAGGCUAUUUAGAUAGAAGUAAAACCGGAACCAAGGCAGGCUAAGACAUGAAACAAGAAUGGUAAGACCAGGCCAGGCUGUUGUUUGAUAACGCCACCAUGGUGAGCCGCAGCAUUGAAACUGCUCUGUUUGAGUUUCGUGUUGUGGUUUAGAGUGGGCUUGUUUUUCGCGGGAGUAGAUUAAGCCUGGAUUACUCCGUCAGAAAGAGCUGUCAACUCUAAAUCUCCUCAAAACAGCGCAUAACUAAUGGUUUUUCUUUGGACGAGGCUCAGUUUCGGCUAUUUUGAAGUCAGGGAUAGUUUUAGAAGCGCUUUUUAGUCCUGUGAUCCCAAAACAUGGUCCGAAUUUUUAUUAAAUUACUUUCCUCACCUCCUGCAGUGGUGCCACGUAAUCCCAAGGGUGAGAUGUACUAGAUUAAAGGCUGGGAAACCACCCUUCUGAUGUAUUUCGAAGGUGGGGGCUGUUUGAAAGAAGUGACAUUUUACUAGCUGACAUCAAGCCAAACAUCACAUCUGUACUGAUUAGCCUCUUGUUCAUUGCCAUGGGAGGAUUUACAAUGGUUACAUGCUGUAUUUGCGUAGUGCAUGCUGGGUAUUGUAGUGAAUGAACACUGAUGGACGAAAACACAUGCAUAAUCAAGAAUUCUGUCCAACUCUUGAGGCUGAGGGAUACAAUGCUGCUUUACAGAAUACUACUUAACACCAUAAACAACAAUACAUGCUACUUUUAGGCUGGAAUGCCCCGUUAAACAAAAAGUAAGGUUGAAUUGGAUUUGUUUCCUUUACAUAUUGUAUGCUUGACGGCCUCCAGGCAGAUUUUUAGCAGUAGCUGGUGCUGAAUCUCAAAUGGCUCCCUAUUCCCUACAUAGUGCACUCUGUUGGUCUUUAAAUAAGGGCUUCUGCACUCUUAGCCAUGCAUUAUGUCUAACAUGUCUAACCAUUUGGGAUUCAGCCAGGUUCCCUACUGAAUAUGUAGUUCACUAUUUGGAUAUAUAUAUAGGGAACUAGCCUGACACACAGUCACGACGUUAUAUUAGCCUUAACUGACAGCUGAUGAUGGCACUAAAGGCUGACAUUAACAAUGUGGGCUCAUAAAAACACUAUUAAACAAUGCCUGAAAAUGGUGUUAGACCAUUAGACCACUGCAAUGCUAUGAUAGAUAAAAACAGCAGAUUACAGUGUCAAGUAAUGAUCAAAAAGCCCUUUGCCGACCAAACGAGGACGAGUUUCCGGUUGUUUUUCCGGCUCUGUUAGCCCAAUAAAUUGUCCAAAAUACAAGAGACUCAGCCACACCUUCAUCAGAGAGCAUCACCGCUCCCAUGGACAAACAGAAGAACGGUGGUGAUGAAUUUUGUUUAUAUAGAGAUGAAUUCAUUCAUCUUGGUCAUUUCAGUUCACUGACGUUUCACUCGUCAUCACAAGCUUCUUGUACAUACUGGCUUAAGAAAACUUUAAACUUCUUCUUUUUCCACGUUUCGCUUCCACAACUGACCGUCCCCCAAACAGGCUUCAUUCAACUUUGCACUCACUGCAAUAUUUUCUGUUCUUUAUUUAAUAUAAAAGCUAUUUUUUUAGUGACCCUUUUGAGCGGUGUUAGAGUUGAUGUAUCAUAUUAAUGGCUCUGCAUAUUUAUGUAAUAUGACAUUUUUGUCCGUUUGAAUAAAGCGAUCCGAAAGGCUU